UUGUUGACUUUUAUGGAGGAAUUGACCUCCGCAGAGUUAGGACAAGUGUCCAGCGAAAUAGCGGACCGCUUCUUUAGAGCAGGCCUGCUGCUGGGCCUGGCGCCAAGCGAGCUAGACAGACUAGAAAUAGACGCGACGCGACAGGGUUGCAACGCCUGGCAGAAGAACAUGCAACUCCUCCAAACGUGGAGAGAGAGGACUUCAGCGGGAUCGGAGCGGUUAGAGUUGGCGAAAGUGUUGAAAAGACUCGGGAAAGGUCGUCUGGCGGUAAAGAUGCAGCCAUCCGUGAGAGAGUGGGAGCCGCAGUCGGUGCUGGAUCCGGCGAAGGACUCGCUAUCUGCCCUAGAGUUGGAGGAAAUCUCCCGCGAGGGGCGGGUGACCGAGUGCUGGAAUCAGCUCGCCGUGCACCUGAACGUGGCCGACAGUCGAGUCCGGGAAAUAGAGUCCAGGAUUGGCGAGGAACCGUCCGUAAAGGCCUUCCGUUGUGUCUGGGCGUGGAGAGAGGCGGGAGAAAAUGUCAGCAAGGCCAGCUUGGCCGAGGCCCUUCGGAAAGUCAACCUCGGCAGGCUAGCUUCCAGGAUUUACUCUGCACGCUAGAAAAGUACACACCUUUUCAAUAUUUCUCCACGUUGCAGUGUGUCUACGUUUUAUUUGGAAUUGAUAUACGGUAAAUGUAAUAUCGUGACGUCACAGCCGCUGGAUAAAGAGAGUAUAAAAGCAGCGGAAUUUUUACUCUUUUCAAGCUGCUGAUCGCGGCUCUGGACUGAGAGAUCAAUGUGUAUGAGGAUGCGUUGCUGUUUUUCGUAGGCACACUUCGCCCUUAGGCCGAGAGACCCGCGCAAUGGGUAUUAUAUUGUUUUUAGUAGAUACUAGUGCUUCUAUGAACCAGAGAACCUUUCUUGGUACGUGUUACCUUGAUGUAGCUAAAGGAGCGAUCGAUACUUUUAUGAAGUACCGUUCGCGAGAUCCUGCAAGUCGGGGGGAUAGAUAUAUGCUGGUCUCUUUCGACGAACCUCCAAAUGCCGUGAAGUCUGGCUGGAAGGAAAGCCACACAACAUUCGUCUAUGAACUCAAGAAUUUACAGGCAACCGGGCUUUCGUCGUUUGGCCGUGCCCUGAAAGAGAGCUUCCAAUUGUUGAAUCUUCACAGACUUCACAACUGUAUUGACAACUAUGGACAAGGACGAAACCCGUUCUUUUUGGAGCCAGCUGUCAUCAUCGCCCUUACCGACAGCGCAAAGCUGACCAAUGAGAUCACAGUCGAGGACGAGCUGACUCUACCCAUGGGUCCUGUUACCGAUGGCAGCGAGCUUACAAAAGAACCGUUCCGGUGGGACCAGCGGCUGUUUACAGUGUUGCUACGGUUACCAGGAAUGGGCGGAGUCGGUGCAUCGUCAAACAGUGUGGAAGUAACACAGUCAAACAUGGCGGAAGCUACUGGUGGGAAAUGCUACCUGGCCACUAACCAGAAGACACUAGUCCAGGCAAUGGAGAGUCUCUGUCAGAAGCUGCAUCCUGGAGUCGUCAUGCAUUUCCAGAAGAUAGGUGGCUCGUCUCCUAGCAACAGCCUCGCUCCAGGGUCAAAGGACAUCUCCCGGUCAAACACGCCCAUCGCUAUGGAAACUGACAGUGACAAUCAGCACCUGCAAAGGGAGACGUCACGUGACUCGGACAAGGUGACUCCGCCCCCCAUGGCGGACUCUGACCCCUCUGCCUGGCAUUCCACCAAGAAGAUGAUAUUUGUGAAGCCAAGUUCCAAAAACAACCUCCCCACAGGGUUCUGGCCCAUUCCGGAGUCUUUCUGGCCCGAUCCCAGCCUCUCGAAACUGCCACCGCGAGACGUCCAUCCAGUGGUACUGUUCAACACAGUCGACACCCAACCUAUGCUUGUGGAGAACUUCCCAUUCGACAAGUACGAGCUGGAGCCAUCUCCGCUGACACAGUUCAUCCUUGCCAAGAAGAACCCUCAUGUCUGCUGGCAGGUGUUCAUGGAAGACAGUGGGAAGGACCCAGGAAUCAUCCACCAGUUCGGCUACCUCAAAGCCAGCUCAAGUCCUUGCACACGUCACCUUUUGUGAUUGCCAUUCAACUAUUCUGCUCCUACUUCCUCUCAUCAGUAAGAUAUUCGUCCCAAUGUGCGGGAAAAUGUACUGAAAG